GUGAGAGAGGGAGAGGGAGAAGCAAAAGCAGUGCGACGUGUGCAUGGGUCUCUCGAGUGCAGUACAAUGGUGGGAGGAGUCGCAGCUGCGCAUCCUCGUGCUCGGUAGCCUCUUCCUCCAGUUCGUCCUCCACUUUUCUAAAGAUGUGCGUAGGAAGCCUAUCCUACGCAAGUUCAGAGUGCUGGUGUGGAUCGCGUACAUAGGCAGCGACGCACUGGCGAUCUAUGCCCUGGCCACCCUCUUCAACCGCCACAGACCGUGGGCAGAGGAUGAGGGGAGCACCGCCGUCGAGGUGGUAUGGGCGCCUGUCCUCCUCAUCCACCUCGGCGGCCAGCCAGAGAUAAGUGCCUACAGCCUCGAAGACAACGAGCUAUGGAGGCGGCAUGCCAUAAGCCUGGUGUCUCAGGUCACGGUCGCCUUGUACGUCUUCUUCAAGUGGUGGUCCGGCGAAAAGAGGCUACUUGGUGUGGCGGCCUUGCUCUUCGUCAGUGGCAUCAUCAAGUUCGGCCAGAAGCCAUGGGCCCUCAGGAGAGCUAGCUUUAAUAGCAUGCUGGACCUCGUUUCUAUCGACCCGCGACGAAGAGAGGUAGCACACCCUGGCGCCUCUGCCUGCUGGAUAUUAUGUGUUUCUAGCUUAGGAGAAAAAGAUCUACCAAGAGGAUUAGCAGCAGCAGAAGCAGAAGCAGAACAAGAAGGGCUCGAUAUUUCGCUUGAACAAUAUGUAAAGCAAGCAAAGGAGUGUGUACAGGACAGGACAGUGCGCAGUGAUGACCAAGAUCUUGAAGAUGACCCGCAGGCAUCAGUGGAGGGAUACCGUACGAUGCUUAAGAUUUUUUUCGACAUGUCUGCUACCUACUCUCAACGGCUUGCCAACUUGAAAUAUUGGCUGACAGUUGACGACAAGUUUGCAUAUUAUCCGUUGCAGGUUUUGCUCGAUCAUGCAUUCCGGAUGCUGUACACCAAGCAAAGAAUAAUGGACAUUGGUAUUCUUGCCUACUGCAUUUGGUACGUCCUCCUUCCAUUCCUGUCCUUAGCUUCCCUGGUGCUCUUCGCCAAGAGCCACAAAGAUGGUUACAGUGAGAAGGACGUCAGGGUGACAUACAUCCUGCUGAGCUGCAAUGUUGUGCUGGAGUUCUUACCUUACUUAUACAGUGCCCUCAGUUCAUUGCUACCCUGGUUCGAAAGCUGCUGGCGGUACACCACCGUAGCCUUUUUUAUGCUAUGUUUGUGUACAACGAGGGAUAGGGUUUCCAGGGACAGGAUUUUCCAGUAUAGCCUAAUGUCAUCCGUUGCUCGCACCAAGAAGCCCACCAUCCUCAUGGAGCUUGCUACCCUCAACUGUGUGAGAGGUUACAUCAACAAGCAUUGGUAUAUUGGGGAGAUAGUUGCAUCAACUCAUAUUACGAGGCUGCUACUUGGAUACAUGGAAGAUGGGUGGAAAGAAUACAUAAGCGACGCUGCUAGCUACAGAAGAUUCAGCAAUCUCAGGGGCCAAUGGACCUUGCGUCGCCUAGGAUUAGAGCAGCAGCAGCGUCAAGGAGUUGCGUGGAGCUUCAAGAUGGCCUUCGACAGAAGCGUCCUUCUCUGGCACAUCGCCACGGACCUCUGUUUUCACCACCCCAACACCUCCCCUCGAGGCCGCGACACCAACGCCACGCCCAUGCAACGCGGCAGGGAGAUAUCCAACUACAUGAUCUACUUGCUUUUCAUCCGUCCUGAGAUGCUAAUGCCUGGCACCAGACCGGGUCUCUUCGACCAUGCCUCCUAUGUUCUCGAGGAAGCCUUCAAGGACAGUAAGGCACCGCUCCACAGCGAAGAAAGGCUGGCGCUAGAGAUCAUGGACAUGGUGAAGUCGUCAGCCACUGCCCCAGGCCAUCUGAUUCGCGGUGCGUGCCGCCUCGCUGAUGCACUAAUGGAGCUCGAUGACGAGGGGAGGAGGUGGCAGUUGAUCCAGGGGGUGUGGGUGGAGAUGCUAUGCUAUUCUGCUGCUAGAUGCAGAGGGUACCUUCACGCCAAGAGCUUGGGUGACGGCGUGGAGUACCUGUCAUACGUCUGGCUCUUAUGGUCAUUCAUGGGGAUGGAGACCUUGGCCGACAGGUCGCAGAAGCCUGAGGAGCCUCCUCAAGGAGAAGAAGAAAUCACUCCUACAAGGGCAUCGGCUUUCCAGUCCAACUCCAACCAAACUGAACAAGAGAUUUCGAGCCUGGUUUGAGAAUUGAGAGGCGCAUUAUUCUUGAUUACUUGUUUGGAUUCAUUGCUGUGUUUGUUUUUCUGUCCCCUUUACCUAUUUUGGGGCCACUGUGCUGCUCUUGUUCUGCUGCUUUGUCUCUCAUUGGCAUUGCGAUGGAUUCUAAAAUAUGUGGUGGGACUCGGGUUCACCACUUCCACAUAACGGGCUAGGCCCAAAAUCUGUAUUU